AUGUCGGCAACAUUGUCGCGCGGCUCGCUCCAACCGGGCCAGCAAAAGCUGGCGGAGAAAUUUACCAUUCUGAAUGACAGGGGCAUCGGGAUGCUCACUCGAGUCUAUAAUAUCAAGAAGGUAAGGUACCCACUGUAAUUCUUAGGUUCAUAGUAAAUUGUAACUACAUUCAAGAGAAAUGAAAGAUCAAACCCCACAAUUAUCUGUGAUGUAUGGCAGAAACCUUCAUUUGAAAUCCAAAGGAUGACGGCUAGGGCUGCAGAAUUCCAGUCAAGGCCCUGUUGAAAUGUGUUGCAGUAUAAGCUAGUUAUGUGGCUAGCCAAGCCCUGUCAUCAGUAGGCCAAAUUACGGUUUUCUGAGAUUUGUCUAUUUCAAUCUUCGUAUAACAAUAAUAAAAACUCAUAGGCCAUUGAAAGCUGUUGCUCACUGCCUUUGAAAGAAAAUAGUAUCUCACUGAAAUAGCCUAAUGUAGUUACAUGCCUAGCUAUACAAUCAUUUUUGUGCUUGAUGGCUAGCUAGUUAUAUAGUUUCUCCUGCAUAAAUCACCACAUUGCUAAUAUAAUAUUCAAACAAAUUAAGAAUAGAAUGCUUUUCUGGAUUCCUGAGCUAUUGGUGAGAUUGAAAUCAGAGAUCAAUCAAUAUAAUGGGAACACAUAAUCUGUCGGAUUAGUAGAUACUAGAGUAAUAACAUUAACACUAUCUGACAGAGACACUAGGCCUAUAUUUUCUGACAACAAUCAGUUGUUGAUGUAGACUAUUUUUAUUCAACCGUCACAACACCCAGUAGGCCUAAACACUCACUAAACACCCAACACAAAUCAACACAUCCGUGGGCAAAUUGCACAUCAUGACUGUAGGAUACUAACCAAUGGCAUGGCAGUAUCUACAGUUGUAGUACAUGUAUUGGAUAUGGUUGUUACACAGUUCUUGUAGAGUUGUUAUUUAAUUGAAUGCCUGAUGCACAGCAACACAAAGGUCCUGUUUUAAAAAUCACACAAUAAAACACAUGUUCGCAGGAUAGAAGGGAGAAAGAAAGCACUAUUUUAGAGAUUAUAAUGAUUUGUUUAUUACACUUGUGAAAGUGGUGACAUUAUGAUACAGAUUCCACACUAGGGCCAGUUUCCCGGACGUAAAUUAAGUUUAGUCCUGGACUAAAAAAACAUGUUAAAUGAAUGUGCUUUUUAGUCCAGGGCUCUUCAGACUAGACUCUUCAUCUGUGUCUGGGAAAUUGGCCCAUGAUGUUUAAUUUACUCAUUGUAAACUCCUAGAGAGAAGACCAUUCUUAGUAGUAGUAUUCCUAGUUUAAUACUGUUCACUAUUCAUUAUUACUUAUUCAUAGUAGGGACUGGGGAGGUGUCAUAAAAGGCAGAUUCCAUACUGGACGUUUCAGUCAGUGAAACAGAAAAGAGCAUUCUUAGUGUAGCUGUCCAUGUUAAUGGCCUUGAUACAGUGACAGUCAGUCCUUUAAUGAGGAGAGAGUACUGUGACUGUGUUUCAAAUCGCAACCUAUUCCUAUGCUCUGGUCAAAAGAGGUGCACUGUAUAGGGAAUAGGGUGCCAUUUGGGACACAGACUGGGUAUCAGAGAUGCUUGGACGACUUUGGGAAAAUGGCAGCAGAUAGAAGAUAGCUGGAGGCAGUCCAGCGUGUAGCUGAAAGGAGGCUGGUGGAGAAUAAUGCCUCUCUGCCUUGCUUGUCUGUCUGCCAGCCAAUCAACCCUUGUGCUGCCGGCCUAGUAGGCCUAGCCUUUUAUAGGCACCACAGAAUCAUCUCUGUGUCUCGCUCUCUCUAAACUCUCAAUUGAAGUUAGAUGGUGAUACAGAACAUUAGCAUAAAAACAUUAUGCAGCCCAAGUAAGAUACAGGAUUCAGAAGGGGAAAACAACUUUCCCCAGGACACAAGAUGACUAUCAUGAUGACCUAUAAGAUACAGGAUUGUCACAAUACACAAGAGCUGAGUUGUCUGCCGAUGUGUCACUCUGUAGCAGUUUUGCAGACAAUUUGUCAGUAAAAUUAGGCCAUUUAUAAACCUCAAUUGUCAUGCUCAGCAUGACACAAUACAUGCCAUGUCAUUUAUAUUCAUGGUACAUGUCUUGUUAUUGGGAAAAUAUACUGUACUUUAUUGAAACUGUGGCGGCGUUCAAUGCUUGUGCGUUGAACUAGCAGAUCUGUUGCUUGGCAACUGGUAGGCAUAGAUACUAGCUGACAGCACUUAUGAAGAAUUUCAGAUGGCUUUUUUGUUUCAGCUGUGAUUGUAGGCUGCGGCACAGGCCUACCUCAGUAAAUCAAAACUGUAGGCUUCUGCACAGGCCUAAGGCACACAGGCUUAUCAUAGGCCUACUGCUCACGUCUACUGCGCAUUCCUACUGCACACGCCUACUACUACCACUGGUCUACCCCAGUAAAGCACAUUACUGUAGCCUACUGCACAAGUCUACUAGGACUACCUCGGUAAAUCAAACAGCUUAGACUAGCAGCUUUAUCAAACACAAUUAAACGGAGCGUUCAUCCAAAAUGGAGAUCUAUUUCAUUCUCAUUUUGUUGAUACCCACUCAUCAAGUAACAUGUGAAUCUGAAGUUUCAGUGGCCAACAAUAUGGGAUUAUGUACGAAGAACAGCUUAUAGUUUAGCAUUAGAAUUGUUGACAGCAAAACAAUGGGACCCCUGAUAUGACAGCUGGCUGCAUGUGGGACACCACUGUCUGGGCCAGCAGUAUUGCUUUUUAUAUUGCUUACACCAGAGGUUCUCAAAGUGGGGUCCGUGUUACUGCAGGGUUCCGCGGCCAGAUCUCAAUAUUUGUUAUAUAUUUAUUUAUUUGACACCAAAAAAAAUCUAAUGAAUAUCACUAACAACAACAGAUUAGCCAAGGGAUCCGGGAAUAAGUUUAGAGGGUGUAAUUCAAUAUCAUAUUAUUCAUUUACAGUUCAUGUUCUUAACCCUGGACAACAUGGGCCUUGGAGGCUCAGCUGGAUAUUGGUAUCCACUACUCCACCAAUUAUACAUGUUUCAACUCAAUGCUUCUUGUAUUCCCACCCAUUUUUUUUUUUUUACAUGAAUGCACUGUAAUUUAAGAUGUAAAACUGCACAGUUUUUCCUCAUGGUAAAAUGUGUAGAAUUGCAGGAUAUUAGCUUUAAAGCUGCAACAACAACAAAAAUAUCUGCCCCAUGACAAAAUGUGUAGAAUUGCAGGAAAUUAGUUUAACAAGUUUAUUUUUUUCUCUCCAAUGCCAAGAGGUGGGCCUAUAAAAUGUUCCUUCCCAGGGCCUGAGAUUUGCACUGCUGACAUUUUAGUAGAUAUCUUAGUAUGCUAUUUUUAUCUAACUCAAGUUGUGUUCUGAUCAUGAGGGGGUCCCUGAUAAAUUUUCUAUCACAAAAGGGGUCCCUGGCCCCAAAGAGUUUGAGAACCCCUUAAACAACUGCCUGGCUUUUCAUAAUAAAAUAUCUCUGAUGAUAUAUCUGUCGUCUCACAAUAAUGUUUAUGUAGUGUGUCAGUGUCACAGAGUGCAAUAUUUGUUUUAAAAGUGAGUUACAGGUAUAAUGCAUUACGAUGCAGUUUUAGUACAUUGUAAGACUUGUCAUAAGCAUGUAUGACCCCCUUAUAAUGCAAUGUUGCAAUUUAUAUGUUCUGAAAAAUAUGCUACUGGCUGAAGAAUGUAGCCUUUCAAAUGUAGGUUUUCAAAUUGCUAAAAAUAACCAUGUUUGUGGAGAGGGGAGAGCUUCUUAUGACGUCAUAUAAUUGAAGGUGUAUCGCAUUAGUGGAAACUCCUGCUGUUCUCAUGGCAAGCCUGCUGGUUUUCACUAGCAGAAGUGACUUUUCGUAGCAGGUUAGGAGAACUUAUGCAGCAGGUUAGGAUAAUUAACAUGGCAGGGUUAGCUAAAACGCUAAAAUUGUCCUCGACUCGAACAUACAGUUGCGGCCAAAUAUAUUGGCACCCUUGUACUUUUCUUAAAUAAUUCCCUAUUUCAAUAAAUUUAAAACAGCUUUUGUCCUUCAACAUUGCAGAACCAAUUUUAUUUUUGUAAACUUAAGUUUACAAUUUUUAUUUAGAAAAUAAAGACUAAUGGCAUGGACAAAAUUAUUGGCACCCCGGUGCUAGUACUUGGUUGGACAGCCUUUGGCCAAGAUAAUUUCCAACAAAUACUUCUUGUAGCCAUCAAUGAGCUUGCUGCACCUUUUCUACUGACAAUUUGGCCCACUCUUCAGCAUAAACUGCUCUAAUUCUUCAAUGUUUGAGGGGGGCCCUCCACCAACUGCUGUUUUCAGAUCUCGCCAUAGGUUUUGGAUGUGAUUCAGAUUCAGACCACUCCAGAACAGUCCAGCAUCUCUUCUUGAAACAUUCCAGGGUGCUUUUUAUGUGUGUUUGGGGUUGUUGUCCUGCUGGAAGACCCACAACCUUAAACAGAGACACAGUUUUGGGACACUGGGUUGAACAUUGGAUAGCAGUACAGCAGAAAAAAACAUAAAUCAUCAUCCAUCCAUAUGUCAAUAACCAGAUCAAGACUUUAUCAGAACACUGAUGUAGUGAGUGCUGUAGCUUAGUGAGUAAGAGCGUUGUGCCAGUAACCGAAAGGUUGCUGGUUCUAAUCCCCGAGCCGACUAGGUGAAAAAUCUGUCGACGUGUCCUUAAGCAAGGCACUUAACCCUAAUUGCUCCUGUAAGUCGCUCUGGAUAAGAGCGUCUGCUAAAUGACUAAAAUGUAAAUGUGAAAUGUAAAAUGUCUGUAGGAAUUCAGUCAGCUCCUUGCUGUUGUAUGUUUCAGUCAGAGUCCUGAUAGACUGAGAGUCCUAUCAGGGGGAGAGGUCCAAGAUGAGGUCAGAGCAAGGGUCUCCUAUAGAUGCAGAAAAGAGGUCAAUGGAACGCAGACCGUGGGGGAUAGAAUAAAUAUGAUCUAAAAAAGUGGAUAUAUAGUCCCGUGUAGCUCAGUUGGUAGAGCAUGGCGUUUGCAACACCAGGAUUGUGGGUUCGAUUCCCACGGGGGGGCAGAAUGAAAACGUAUGCACUCACAGUGAGGGGAAAAAGUAUUUGAUCCCCUGCUGAUUUUGUACGUUUGCCCACUGACAAAGACAUGAUCAGUCUAUAAUUUUAAUGGUAGGUUUAUUUGAACAGUGAGAGACAGAAUAACAACAAAACAAUCCAGAAAAACGCAUGUCAAAAAUGUUAUUAAUUUAUUUGCAUUUUAAUGAGGGAAAUAAGUAUUUGACCCCUCUGCAAAACAUGACUUAGUACUUGGUGGCAAACCCUUGUUGGCAAUCACAGAGGUCAGACGUUUCUUGUAGUUGGCCACCAGGUUUGCACACAUCUCAGGAGCGAUUUUGUCCCACUCCUCUUUGCAGAUCUUCUCCAAAUCAUUAAGGUUUCAAGGCUGACGUUUGGCAACUCGAACCUUCAGCUCCCGCCACAGAUUUUCUAUGGGAUUAAGGUCUGGAGACUGGCUAGGCCACUCCAGGAGCUUAAUGUGCUUCUUCUUGAGCCACUUCUUUGUUGCCUUGGCCGUGUGUUUUGGUUCAUUGUCAUGCUGGAAUACCCAUAUACGACCCAUUUUCAAUGCCCUGGCUGAGGGAAGGAGGUUCUCACCCAAGAUUUGACGGUACAUGGCCCGUCCAUCGUCCCUUUGAUGCGGUGAAGUUGUCGUGUCCCCUUAGCAGAAAUAACACCCCCAAAGCAUAAUGUUUCCACCUCCAUGUUUGACGGUGGGGAUGGUGUUCUUGGGGUCAUAGGCAGCAUUCCUCCUCCUCCAAACACGGCGAGUUGAGUUGAUGCCAAAGAGCUCCAUUUUGGUCUCAUCUGACCACAACACUUUCACCCAGUUCUCCUCUGAAUCAUUCAGAUGUUCAUUGGCAAACUUAAGACGGCCCAGUAUAUGUGCUUUCUUGAGCAGGGGGACAUUGCGAGCACUGCAGGAUUUCAGUCCUUCACGGCGUAGUGUGUUUUCUUGGUGACUAUGGUCCCAGCUGCCUUGAGAUCAUUGACAAGAUCCUCCCGUGUAGUUCUGGGCUGAUUCCUCACCGUUCUCAUGAUCAUUGCAACUCCACAAGGUGAGCUCUUGCAUGGAGCCCCAGGCCGAGGGAGAUUGACAGUUCUUUUGUGUUUCUUCCAUUUGCGAAUAAUCGCACCAACUGUUGUCACCUUCUCACCAAGCUGCUUGGCGAUGGUCUUGUAGCCCAUUCCAGCCUUGUGUAGGUCUACAAUCUUGUCCUUGACAUCCUUGGAGAGCUCUUUUGUCUUGGCCAUGGUGGAGAGUUUGGAAUCUGGUUGAUUGCUUCUGUGGACAGGUGUCUUUUUAUACAGGUAACAAGCUGAGAUUAGGAGCACUCCCUUUAAGAGUGUGCUCCUAAUCUCAGCUUGUUACCUGUAUAAAAGUCACCUGGGAGCCAGAAAUAUUUCUGAUUGAGAGGGGGUCAAAUACUUAUUUCCCUCAUUAAAAUGCAAAUCAAUUUAUAACAUUUUUGACAUGCGUUUUUCUGGAUUUUUUUGUUGUUAUUCUGUCUCUCACUGUUCAAAUAAACCUACCAUCAAAAUGAUAGACUGAUCAUUUCUUUGUCAGUGGGCAAACGUACAAAAUCAGCAGGGGAUCAAAUACUUUUUUCCCUCACUGUAACUGUAUGUCGCUCUGGAUAAGAGCGUCUGCUAAAUGACUUAAAUGUAAAUAUUUGUCAAAUCCGUCAUGAUUGAUGUAUUGUAACAAGACACAAUGUGGUUGCUGAAGUCCGAUUUGGAUAUAUUUGGCUGUUUUCGCUGCAUAACAUUUAGAAGUUGUUCCUUUUCAGGUUUAGAAGAGGUGACACAUAAGCUGGUAGCAUAGCUAGCAUACAGAAAUCGGUGGUGGUAGUCAAAGUUGUUUUUAACUGCAAUGCAGUUGAUUGGUGAUGAUGACAUGAGCAUAUAUUGGGGUUGACAUCUAUACAAGCAUUUAUACUCAGAUUUUUACCUCAACAUAGUGUGAAAUACAUAUAUAAACAAAAGCCUAAAUUUAGGCUAAUUUUACUGGGGGGCAAUGAGGAAACUCUGGAUAUUUCUCUCUCGCAUUUCCAUUGUUUGGGUCGAGUUCCAUUGACCACUUUACUGCAUCUAUGAGGUCAGAAGGAGGGCUUCCUAUGAGGUCAAAUGGGGGGGUCUACGAUGAGGUCAGAGGGAGGGUCUCCUCAAUCUGUUAUUCACUCUCCUAUGAUCCUGUUAGCACUGGGGAAGCGCUGUUAGCACUGGGAAGGAACAGGUAGCAGUGUUAGCACGGGGGAGGAACAGUUAGCACUGGGGAAGCACUGUUAGCACUGGGGAAUCACUGUUAGCACUGGGGAGGAACAGUUAGCACUGGGGAGGAACAGUUAGCACUGGGGAGGAACAGUUAGCACUGGGGAGGAACAGUUAGCACUGGGGAAUCACUGUUAGCACAGGGGAGGAACAGUUAGCACUGGGGAAUCACUGUUAGCACUGGGGAAUCACUGUUAGCACUGGGGAAUCACUGUUAGCACUGGGGAGGAACAGUUAGCACUGGGGAAGUACUGUUAGCUCUGCUAGCACUGGGGAAGCCCUGUUAGAACUAUUAGCAAUAGCACUAGAGAAGAAGUGCUUAUGGUAGUCAGUACAGUGUCAGUGCUGCUCACUAAAUUAGACCAAGUUAUCUCAACUAGUCUCAGACCAAGGUUGUUGGAUGAAGCACAGAAACAUAUUUUAUUUUGCUCCUUUUGAUUUUGCACAUUUUUAAACAAAAUAUUUACAACAAAGUGAAUUAAUCUAUGUCAUUUUACUGUUAGACAUGUUCUGUUAUUUUGUGUAUGUUGUGAAUUGCCUAACUGCCUUUGUCAGCUGAGUGAAAUGAUCAAAUAUGUUGACUUAAUACUUUACGGGUUGUGUGCAUGAAAUGUUUUAGGCCAUAUUAUUUUGGGGUUCAUUGGUAGAUGCACUGGCUUUGCAUUUUCCUUGGUUUUACUUGCAUGUUUCUGUUCCUACUUGUACUUAUCAAACAAUACGUUAUGUCCUCUCUUAAACUUAAAGCCUUAAUACUCUAUUGUGUUGCUACUCUAGGAGGAGUGUCUCCAGCAUGGUGUGAGCUAGUGGUUGAACAACGCUUUGACAGGCAGCACAUUAAUUAUUGUGCACAGUGUAAGGCCAAACUAUCCCUCAACAAAUAUCCCGGAAGUAAAACCCACAGCCUUUUUAAUGUAGAGAUGCAUGGUUCUAUGUUUUAAACCUGACUUUACCUGUGUUUACCUCUGUUUACCUGUGUGGUUUUCUCUCUUUCUAUCACAAUGCUUCCCUCAGCAAGGACAAGUUUGGAAGGUUUGCUCAGCUCUUCCCUAAAUCACUCCCCCUCGUUCUACCCCUCCCUUCUAUCCUACCAGCAUCAUGUCCCAGAAUUACUUGUAUACUACUCAGUACUCACAACGUUCACAAUUCAACAAACAGGCCCAUCCCAAAGUGCAAUUGAAUCACUGUAAUUAUUUUAUUAGGUUAAAAUAGAUAUUAUAUUUGCUAUUGUGCAUUUUUUCCCAGUUUUAUUUCUUACAUGAAAUCUAACAGUUGCAAAGACUAUCUCAACUUGUUAUUAAAAAAAGGUGAGCACCUAUAGUCCAACAAUUAGAUCAGAAUACAUUAAAGCUUUAACCAUGGUCUUCUUUUGGUUUGUGAGCAUCGAAUUCACAGUUUCUGGACAUUUGCACCACAAAAAGUAUGUAUUUUUGGGGGGGAUUGAAGAUCAGGCAAUGGGAAGAGAUAGGGCCUGGUUGAAUUCACUGACACUUCAUUAUGCAAUUCAACAGUGCUCUGCUCUCCUCUGCAAAAUGAAAGUGUUCCCUGCAUGGAUCCAUCACAUCGUAUCACUAAUCAUGAAUCUAGUCUUGAUGAUAUGAGGAGUUGAACAUACUCUUUCUCUAUAUGUUUGUCGCUCUACUGUUUUAGUUUUAGUGUAUUGCGAACCUCGAAACGCUUAUGUGUUAUAGACUGACUGAAUACUCAAACAUAACCAUUCCUGUUUUGUCAGGCUGCCGUGCAUGCCCAGUGUCGUGUACCAUACACCACCCUACCUCAAACAUACAUCUGCUAACUUUUUGUUGCUUAUAACAUCUAUGUUGUAACACACAGUUCAACUAUCUUCUCUCCCAGUAGGAGUAUGCCCAUGCACUGCUUUCUCACUAACUCCUCUCCAAACUCCCAUACAGCACUCUGUCAGUAGAAAUGUAUUCAUACUCUCUAUCUCAGUCCAUCUCUCUAUCUCUUGCUCUCUCGCUGUCUCUCAUACACUCACUCAAAACGUGACCAAAAUACUACUUUCAUAAUUUGCCUCAUCAUCCUAUCAGUUGUUAUCUGCCAAUGUUUUGUUGUUGUUAGUAUUAUUGUUGAUGCAUCUUUAGCGUUAUUCUGUGUUUUUGACCCUCUUCAUUAUAGGCAUGUGGUGACCCCAAAGCCAAACCAUCCUAUCUAAUAGACAAGAACCUGGAGUCUGCUGUCAAGUUCAUUGUCAGAAAAUUCCCAGCGGUUGAAACACGCAACAACAAUGUAAGUCUGUCUAUUACAUGUAUAUAACAAAUAUAUUUCAUGUUAUUUCAGCUCAUUUUAAUGCUGCUUGGUAUCUACAGUGGGGAGAACAAGUAUUUGAUACACUGCCGAUUUUGCAGGUUUACCUACUUACAAAGCAUGUAGAGGUCUGUCAUUUUUAUCAUAGGUACACUUCAACUGUGAGAGACGGAAUCUAAAACAAAAAUCCAGAAAAUCACAUUGUAUGAUUUUUAAGUAAUGAAUUUGCAUUUUAUUGCAUGACAUAAGUAUUUGAUCACCUACCAACCAGUAAGAAUUCCGGCUCUCACAGACAUGUUAGUUUUUCUUUAAGAAGCCCUCCUGUUCUCCACUCAUUACCUGUAUUAACUGCACCUGUUUGAACUCGUUACCUGUAUAAAAGACACCUGUCCACACACUCAAUCAAACAGACUCCAACCUCUCCACAAUGGCCAAGACCAGAGAGCUGUGUAAGGACAUCAGGGAUAAAAUUGUAGACCUGCACAAGGCUGGGAUGGGCUACAGGACAAUAGGCAAGCAGGCAACAACUGUUGGCGCAAUUAUUAGAAAAUGGAAGAAGUUCAAGAUGACGGUCAAUCACCCUCGGUCUGGGGCUCCAUGCAAGAUCUCACCUCGUGGGGCAUCAAUGAUCAUGAGGAAGGUGAGGGAUCAGCCCAGAACUACACGGCAGGACCUGGUCAAUGACCUGAAGAGAGCUGGGACCACAGUCUCAAAGAAAACCAUUAGUAACACACUACGCCGUCAUGGAUUAAAAUCCUGCAGUGCACGCAAGGUCCCCCUGCUCAAGCCAGCGCAUGUCCAGGCCCGUCUGAAGUUUGCUAAUGACCAUCUGGAUGAUCCAGAGGAGGAAUGGGAGAAGGUCAUGUGGUCUGAUGAGACAAAAAUAGAGCUUUUUGGUCUAAACUCCACUCGCCGUGUUUGGAGGAAGAAGAAGGAUGAGUACAACCCCAAGAACACCAUCCCAACCGUGAAGCAUGGAGGUGGAAACAUCAUUCUUUGGGGAUGCUUUUCUGCAAAGGGGACAGGACAACUGCACCGUAUUGAGGGGAGGAUGGAUGGGGCCAUGUAUCGCGAGAUCUUGGCCAACAACCUCCUUCCCUCAGUAAGAGCAUUGAAGAUGGGUCGUGGCUGGGUCUUCCAGCAUGACAACGACCCGAAACACACAGCCAGGGCAACUAAGGAGUGGCUCCGUAAGAAGCAUCUCAAGGUGCUGGAGUGGCCUAGCCAGUCUCCAGACCUGAACUCAAUAGAAAUUCUUGGAGGGAGCUGAAAGUCCGUAUUGCCCAGCGACAGCCCCGAAACCUGAAGGAUCUGGAGAAGGUCUGUAUGGAGGAGUGGGCCAAAAUCCCUGCUGCAGUGUGUGCAAACCUGGUCAAGAUCUACAGGAAACGUAUGAUCUCUGUAAUUGCAAACAAAGGUUUCUGUACCAAAUAUAAAGUUCUGCUUUUCUGAUGUAUCAAAUACUUAUGUCAUGCAAUAAAAUGCAAAUUAAUUACUUAAAAAUCAUACAAUGUGAUUUUCUGGAUUUCUGUUUUAGAUUCCGUCUCUCACAGUUGAAGUGUACCUAUGAUAAAAAUUACAUACCUCUACAUGCUUUGUAAGUAGGAAAACCUGCAAAAUCGGCAGUGUAUCAAAUACUUGUUCUCCCCACUGUAUAUGAAGUCCUUUACCUAUUGCACUACAAGGUCUGUGCGAUAAAGUGCAUUUAUUAAUUGCAUUAAUUGUUGUAUUUAGUUAUAUUUUGAUGAUAGUAUUUGACCCUUUUGAGAUAAAAUAGGCAUUGUAAAUGUAAUUCCAUCUGAGAUCCAUCAUCCUAUUUCUUCACUAUAUACAGUGGGGGAAAAAAGUUUGCCACCAAUUGUGCAAGUUCUCCCACUUAAAAAGAUGAGAGAGGCCUGUAAUUUUCAUCAUAGGUACACGUCAACUAUGACAGACAAAAUGAGAAUUUUUCUUCCAGAAAAUCACAUUGUAGGAUUUUUAAUGAAUUUAUUUGCAAAUUAUGGUGGAAAAUAAGUAUUUGGUCAAUAACAAAAGUUUCUCAAUACUUUGUUAUAUACCCUUUGUUGGCAAUGACACAGGUCAAACGUUUUCUGUAAGUCUUCACAAGGUUUUGGCAACACACUGUUGCUGCUGGUAUUUGGCCCAUUCCUCCAUGCAGCUCUCCUCUACGAGCAGUGAUGGUUUUGGGGCUGUCGCUGGGCAACACGGAAUUUCAACUCCCUCCAACGAUUUUCUAUGGGCGUUGAGAUCUGGAGACUGGCUAGGCCACUCCAAGGACCUUGAAAUGGCUUCUUACGAAGCCACUCCUUCGUUGCCCGGGCAGUGUGUUUGGGAUAUUGUCAUGCUGAAAGGACCCAAGCCACAUUUCAUCUUCAAUUGCCCUUGCUGAUGGGAAGGAGGUUUUCACUCAAACUUCAGACGGGCCUGGACAUGUACUGGCUUAAGCAGGGGGACACGUCUGGCACUGCAGGAUUUGAGUCCCUGGCGGCGUAGUGUGUUACUGAUGGUAGGCUUUGUUACUUUUGUCCCAGCUCUCUGCAGGUCAUUCACUAGGUCCCCCCGUGUGGUUCUGGGAUUUUUGCUCACUGUUCUUGUGAUCAUUUUGACCCCACGGGGUGAGAUCUUGUGUGGAGCCCCAGAUCGAGGGAGAUUAUCAGUGGUCUUGUAUGUCUUCCAUUUCCUAAUAAUUGCUCCCACAGUUGAUUUCUUCAAACCAAGCUGCUUACCUAUUGCAGAUUCAGUCUUCCCAGCCUGGUGCAGGUCUACAAUUUUGUUUCUGGUGUCCUUUGACAGCUCUUUGGUCUUGGCCAUAGUGGAGUUUGGAGUGGGACUGUUUGAGGUUGUGGACAGGUGUCUUUUAUACUGAUAACCAGUUCAAACAGGUGCCAUUAAUACAGGUAACGAGUGGAGGACAGAGGAGCCUCUUAAAGAAGAAGUUACAGGUCUGUGAGAGCCAGAAAUCUUGCUUGUUUGUAGGUGACCAAAUACUUAUUUUCCACCAUAAUUUGCUAAUAAAUUCAUAAAAACUCCUACAAUGUGAUUUUCUGGAGAAAAAAAAUCUCAUUUUGUCUGUCAUAGUUGACGUGUACCUAUGAUGAAAAUUACAGGCCUCUCUCAUCUUUUUAAGCGGGAGAACUUGCACAAUUGGUGGCUGACUAAAUACUUUUUUUUCCCCACUGUAUGUACCACCCACAUGUACAUUUCCAUAAAUGUUAUGUUAUGUAUGAUAAUUCUACCUUUUUAUAGGUAGCCUUUUUAAGUACAACUAAUUCAUUCUUACCCAGUUUGUCUUUUCAAGUGUUUUUCCACCCGAUGCUUAGCUAUCACCAUUGGCCUGCUUUCUAUUUAAUUUGAAAUGUUAAACGGCUUCUUUGGUGUAGCUGUCAUGUGGUUUGCUAUGUUGUACUUUUUGCUGCAGUGGUUCAUGUUUUACUUGGUCUGUGUUUUUUGUUUUGCAUGCUUAACUUCUUGGCUUUUUUCUGGAAUAUUAUUUUGGUAAGUUGAAGCUCCUCAGAGUUCCUUUUUUUCUAUGUUUUGCAUGUCUUAUUAUUGUCUAUGUAGCAGAUUUUCAUUUAAUUUAUUGCUAAUUCAUAUUUUUAUUAUAUUUCACACUCAAGUUUUUCGAUACUGCUAGGUAACAGUUAAUAGUUAGGUUGAAAAAAAUGCAGUUUUUGUUUGAAAAAUAGAAGAAGUAACAUUUGUUGUAGUGCAAGAGACCAGGUGUGUGUCCCAAAUGGCACCCUAUUCUCAUUAUAGUGCACUACUUUUACCUAGAGCCCUCUGGGCCUUGGUCAAAAGAAGCACACUACAUAGUGAAUAGAGUGCCAUUUGGGACGUACGCCAAAGAUAACAAUCAAGCAAACAUUACUUCACAUUUGGCUUGUGAGAGGCUAUCAUUGGUUAAAAAAGGCCCCAUUGUGACAGUGCUAAAAAUGCAGUCAUGUUGUCGAAGGCAACAUUAGUAUUUUGGAAUGAUAAAGGUGUUUUUGGUUAGAGCUCUACAUUUUUGCGUAGUCAAAAUGUCACCCUGACCCAUUGUGUGAUGUCCUUGGUAGUAUUUCUCAGGAUAUCUAGUUAUUCUAACAAAUUGAGAACACUGUACUACCAAACAUGUACUACCAAACACAGAUGUCAAAGUCACGAUAAAGCCAUAAUAAGUAUGCAAUGUUUGACCUCUUAUACCAGAUUCCAUCAGCCUAUUUGACUGUGCUCAUUGUUCCAUAGCAUCCAUACAAGUAACAUUCGUGUGUCCUGAGUUUAACUUUAGAGCACCUUGUUUUUGUUACAACCAUGUUUUUUUCUACAGCAACAGCUUGCACAACUACAAAAAGAGAAGUCUGAAAUCCUUAAGAAUCUAGCGUUGUAUUACUUCACAUUCGUAGAUGUGAUGGAGUUUAAGGUAUGUGCAAUUUAAGCAUCAUUCAAUGUAGUGAUAAUAGAGAACAGGUUUUAAGGUCCGUUGUCAAAUUAGCAGAAGCAUAAUAUGACUCUCUUGAUACCAAUGUACAGUACUCUAUAUACAUGUAUAAUGAUAAUCCAUCAUAAAUCAUAGUUACACUUAUUAUCAAGUUACUAUACUGUGAAAUGUACAUAAAUACUGUUUUCGUUCUCUCCUUCCAGGACCAUGUCUGUGAGCUGCUGAAUACUAUCGAUGCUUGCCAAGUAUUCUUUGAUAUUGUAAGACACAUUUAUUUAUACCAUGCAUGUAAUUACAGGAUGCUUUUGGUUAUUCCUCCGAGAUUAUAUCUAAAAGAUGUCAUGUUUUUACUUGGAUUAGAUAAGUACGGUGACCCUAAGGGGCGAAGUAGAUCGGUCUUGAUGUCAGUCCUAAUUUUGUUCCCAUAUCUUUUUACAGACUGUAAACUUUGACCUGACCAAAAACUACCUUGACUUGGUAGUGACCUACACUAACCUAAUGAUGCUACUGUCGCGGAUUGAAGAGAGGAAAGCUAUCAUUGGCCUCUACAACUAUGCCCACGAAAUGACACAUGGAUCAAGGUAAAACAAUAUUAAAAUAAGUUAAGUUUAACGGUUUUACACAUACAUUUCCAGUGGCGUUAUAUUAAAAUCUCUCUUUGUUUUGUAGAUUCAGACUUAGAAAUACCUGAGAACUACCAAUAUCAACAACAUUGUUGUAUGUUUGUUCCCCAUCUAGUGAUCGAGAGUACCCUAGGCUGGGACAGAUGAUCGUUGACUACGAGAACCCACUGAAAAAGAUGAUGGAGGAGUUUGUUCCACAUGGGAAGGUGAAUAGUGUCACCUGUAACUCAACAUGCUAUGUUCUUGUCCUGAGCACUGACAAUGAUAACACAUCUUUUGGUUACACUUUAUUAUAACUUUGAUGCUUAAGCCAUGUUUAUACAUGCUUAUAUUGCUUAUAAACUAAGGCACUGCAUCUCAGUGCUUGAGGCGUCACUACAGACCCCCUGGUUCGAUUCCAGGCUGUAUCACAACCGGCCGUGAUUGGGAGUCCCAUAUGGCGCCGCUUAAUUGGCCCAGCGUCAUCCUGGUUAGGGGAGGGUUUGGCCGGUGUAGGCCGUCAUUGUAAAUAAUAAUUUGUUCUUAACUGACUUGCCUAGUUAAAUAAAGGUAAAAUAUAUAUUUUUUUACUAAUAAUAAAAUACAGAUGUGUUAAUAGUAUGUACAGUUGUGGUCAAAAGUUUUGAGAAUGACACAUUAAUUUUCACAAAGUCUGCUGCCUCAGUUUUUUAUGAUGGCAAUUUGCAUAUACUCCAGAAUGUUAUGAAGAGUGCAAUUCAUCUGAUCAAAGUCCCUCUUUGCCAUGAAAAUGAACUUAAUCCCCCAAAAACAUUUCCACUGCAUUUCAGCCCUGCCACAAAAGGACCAGCUGACAUCAUGUCAGUGAUUCUCUCGUUAACACAGGUGAGAGUGUUGACGAGGACAAGGCUGGAGAUCACUCUGUCAUGCUGAUUGAGUUAGAAUAACAGACUGGAAGCUUUAAAAGGAGGGUGGUGCUUGAAAUCAUUGUUCUUCCUCUGUUAACAAUGGUUACCUGCAAGGAAACACGUGCCGUCAUCAUUGCUUUGCACAAAAAGGGCUUCACAGGCAAGGAUAUUGCUGCUAGGAAGAUUGCACCUAAAUCAACCAUUUAUUGGAUCUUCAAGGAGAGAGGUUCAAUUGUUGUGAAGAAGGCUUCAGGGCGCCCAAAAAAAGUCCAGCAAGCGCCAGGACCAUCUCCUAAAGUUGAUUCAGCUGCACCACCAGUGCAGAGCUUGCUCAGGAAUGGCAGCAGGCAGGUGUGAGUGCAUCUGCACGCACAGUGAGGCAAAGACUUUUGGAGGAUGGCCUGGUGUCAAGAAGGGCAGUGAGGAAGCCACUUCUCUCCAGGAAAAACAUCAGGGACAGACUGAUAUUCUGCAAAAGGUACAGGGUUUAGACUGCUGAGGACUGGGGUAAAGUCAUUUUCUCUAAUGAAUCCCCUUUCUGAUUGUUUGGGGCAUCUGGGGAAAAAAGCUUGUCCGGAGAAGAGAAGGUGAGCGCUACCAUCAGUCCUGUGUCAUGCCAACAGUAAAGCAUCCUGAGACCAUUCAUGUGUGGGGUUGCUUCUCAGCCAAGGGAGUGGGCUCACUCACAAUUUUGCCUAAGAACACAGCCAUGAAUAAAGAAUGGUACCAACACAUCCUCCGAGAGCAACUUCUCCCAACCAUCCAAGAACAGUUUGGUGACGAACAAUGCCUUUUCCAGCAUGAUGGAGCACCUUGCCAUAAGGCAAAAGUGGUAACUAAGUGGCUCGGGGAACAAAACAUCGACAUUUUGGGUCCAUGGCCAGGAAACUCCCCAGACCUUAAUCCCAUUGAGAACUUGUGGUCGAUCGUCAAGAGGCGGGUGGACAAACAAAAACCCACAUUCUGACAAACUCCAAGCAUUGAUUAUGCAAGAAUGGGCUGCCAUCAGUCAGGAUGUGGCCCAGAAGUUAAUUGACAGCAUGCCAGGGCGGAUUGCAGAGGUCUUGAAAAAGAAGGGUCAACACUGCAAAUAUUGACUCUUUGCAUAAACUUAAUGUAAUUCUCAAUAAAAGCCUUUGACACUUAUGGAAUGCUUGUAAUUAUACUUCAGUAUACCAUAGUAACAUCUGACAAAAAUAUCUAAAAACACUGAAUCAGCAAAAUUUGAAGACCAAUACUUGUGUCAUUCUCAAAACUUUUGACCACUGUGUUAAUAGUUGAUUAAUGCUUCUUCAUGAAAGUUAUUAUAAACUGUCAUAAACCAAUCUAUCUCUCUCCCUCCCCCUCCAUCCCCUGUAGUCGUUGUCAGACGCCCUGCUCUCCCUCCAGAUGGUGUACCCCAGACGAAUACCAUGUUAACCAGCCAUCAACAGUGUAUUUACCACUUAACCAGCCCGUCAGAACAGUGAGUUACCAUGCUUACCUCAGCAGUCAGACACGUGAUUACCAUGCUUAACCCAGCCCCAGUCAGACACAGUGAGUACCAUGCUUACCACCCGUCAGACCGUGAGUUACCCAUGCUAACCCGCCCAGUGAGGACACGUGAGUUACCAUGCUAACCAUGCCCUAGACACAGUGAUUCAUCUUAACCCAGCCCAGUCAGACACAGUGAGUUACCAUGCUUAACCCAGCCCAGUCAGACACAGUGAGUUACCAUGCUUAACCCAGCCCAGUCAGACACAGUGAGUUACCAUGCUUAACCCAGCCCAGUCAGACACAGUGAGUUACCAUGCUUAACCCAGCCCAGUCAGACACAGUGAGUUACAUGCUUAACCCAGCCCAGUCAGACACAGUGAGUUACCAUGCUUAACCCAGCCCAGUCACACAGUGAGUUACCAUGCUUAACCCAGCCCAGUCAGACACAGUGAGUUACCAUGCUUAACCCAGCCCAGUCAGACACAGUGAGUUACCAUGCUUAACCCAGCCCAGUCAGACACAGUGAGUUACCAUGCUUAACCCAGCCCAGUCAGACACAGUGAGUUACCAUGCUUAACCCAGCCCAGUCAGACACAGUGAGUUACCAUGCUUAACCCAGCCCAGUCAGACACAGUGAGUUACCAUGCUUAACCCAGCCCAGUCAGACACAGUGAGUUACCAUGCUUAACCCAGCCCAGUCAGACACAGUGAGUUACCAUGCUUAACCCAGCCCAGUCAGACACAGUGAGUUACCAUGCUUAACCCAGCCCAGUCAGACACAGUGAGUUACCAUGCUUAACCCAGCCCAGUCAGACACAGUGAGUUACCAUGCUUAACCCAGCCCAGUCAGACACAGUGAGUUACCAUGCUUAACCCAGCCCAGUCAGACACAGUGAGUUACCAUGCUUAACCCAGCCCAGUCAGACACAGUGAGUUACCAUGCUUAACCCAGCCCAGUCAGACACAGUGAGUUACCAUGCUUAACCCAGCCCAGUCAGACACAGUGAGUUACCAUGCUUAACCCAGCCCAGUCAGACACAGUGAGUUACCAUGCUUAACCCAGCCCAGUCAGACACGGUGAGUUACCAUGCUUAACCCAGCCCAGUCAGACACAGUAUGCCACUUAGUUUUGAUCCAAAGCGACUUACAGUACAGUGGGUGUGUACAGUAAUGUGAUCCCUGCAGGAGUUGAACCCAUGACUAUGGUGUUGCUAGUGCCAUACUUGAGCCACACAUGACCAUCAAUACAGUGCCUGCUUACAGAAAGUCUACACCCCCCUUGGAUUUCUUCAAAUGUUAUUGUGUUACAAAUUGGGAUUAAAAUUGAUUUAAUUGUCAUUUUUUUGUCAAUGAUGUACACAAAAUACUGUAAUGUCAAAGUGGAAGAAAAAUGCUUUAUUUUUUUAUUUAAUGAAAAAUAAAACACUAUCUUGAUUAGAUAAGUAUUCACCCCACUGAGUCAAUACAUGUUAGAAUCACCUUUGGCAGCGAUUACAUGUAUGAGUCUUCUUGGGAAAGUCUCAUAAGAGCUUUGCACACUAGUAUUGUGCAAUAUUUGCCCAUUAUUCUUUUCAGAAUUCUUCAAGGUCUGUCAAGGUAUUGGGGAUCAUGGCUAGACAGCGAUUUUCAAGUCUUGCCAUAGAUUUCCAAGCAGACUUAAGUCAAAACGGUAACUUGGCCACUCAGGAACAUUCACUGUCUUCUUGGUAAGUAACUCCAGUGUAGAUUUGGCUUUGUGAUGUAGGUUAUUGUCCUGCUAAAAGGUGAAUUCCUCUCCCAUUGUCUGGUGUAAAGCAGACUGAAGCAGGUUUUCCUCUAGGAUUUUGCCUGUGCUUAGCUCCAUCCCAUCUCUUUUCAUCCUGAAAAACUCCCCAGUCUUUGCUGAUGUCAAGCAUACCCAUGCCAUGAUGCAGCCACCACCAUGCUUGAAAAUAAAGGGGCAGUUACUCAGUGAUGUGUUUUGUUGGAUUUGCUCCAAACAUAACGCUUUGCAUUAAGGCCAAAAGUGUAUUCCUCUGCUGUGUUUUUUUUUUCAGUAUUACUUUAGUGCCUUGUUGCAUACAAGAUGCAUGUUUUGGAAAAUUAUUUUUAUUCUGUAUAUUUGUAUUCUUCUCACUCUGUCAUUUAGGUCAUUAUUGUGGAGUCUCUACAAUGUUGUUAAACCACCCUCAGUUUUCUCCCAUCACAGCCAUUGAACUCUGUAGCUGUUUCAAAAUCACCAAUGGCCUCAUGGUGACAUCCCUAAGCAGUUUCCUUCCUGUCCUGCAGCUCAGUUCAGAAGGACCACUGCAUCUUUCAUGUGUCUGGGUACUUUAAUACAUAAUCCAAAGCAUAAGUAUUAACUUGACCAUGCUUAAAGAUAUAUUCAAUGUCUGAUUUGUUAUUGUUACCCACCUACCAAUCACUGCCCUUCUUUGAGGCUUUCGAAAAGCUCCCUGGUCUUGUAGUUGAAUCUGUGCUUGAAAUUCAAUACUUGACUGAGGGACCUUACAGAUGUUGUAUGUAUGGGGGACAGAGGAAGGGGUAGUCAUUCAAAAAUCAACCCCUAUUAUUUCACACAGAGUGAGUACAUAUAACUUAUUUAUGUGAUUUGUUAAGCCACAUUUUACUUCUGAACUAAUUUAGGCUUGUCUUUAUCAAAGGGGGUGAGUACUUUUGUAACAACUAUAUUUUAGUUAUUUAAUUUGUAGAAUUUUCUUUUCACUUUGAAAUUAUGGACUAUUUUGUGUGGAUCAAUGACAAAAUGACAAUUAAAUAUAUUUCAAUCCCACUUUGUAAUGCAACAAAGUGGAAAAAGUUCAAAGGGGUGUAGACUUUCUAUAGGCACUGUGGAUCUCUCCGAUCACACCUUUUCCUGCUCACAGUCACAUGCAUUGACCUAUGAUUCUGUUUGUUCUAGAUGCCCUGUGAAUACUUGUCCCUGGACGCAAUGGAGAAGUGGAUAGUAUGUAAGUGUUUAUAGAGUACAGUCUGACCUAAUUGAUUUGAUAGGUUUAUACCAUUGGAGGGAAGGGGGAGCAUGAUCAUUAGGUUCAGGUAUAGGCCUAUUUAACAUCAGUGUACAUUUCCAAAAACACACAACACGUUAAAACACAGGUAAAAAUAUACAUCAGUCUAAAUAUUCGGAUUCCCUACAAAUACUCUGUCUCUGUCCUUGUGUUUGUGUGUCAGUUGGCUUCAUCCUGUGUCAUGGGGUCCUGAACAGUGACCAGGCAGCUCUGAGCCUGUGGAAGCUGGCUCUUCAGAGCAGCACCUGCCUCUGUCUCUUCAGAGACGAGGUGUUCCACAUCCACAAGGCUGCUGAGGACCUCUUCAUCAACAUCCGCGGGUGAGGGAUCACACAUUAAAACUAACCUAAUGGCCUGUUUUCCUGGGACCCAGAUUAAGCCUAGUCCUUGACUGAAAAGCAUGCUCAAUGAGGGACAGUUUAAGAAUAUACCCAGGCAAUUGUUAAGUGUGUAUGAGUAAAUUUAACUAUUCUUCCUUUUCAUUUCACAGUUACAAUAAGCGUGUGAAUGACAUCAAAGAGUGCAAAGAACAAGCGUUGUCACAUGCGUAAGUGCCUCUCAAAUGUAUCUAGUUUACUGUUUAGGAUGCAAUUCAACACAGAGGUUUUGAAUGGUAUUUGCCACACUAUCCUCUCAGAAUGUGAUUGUUUGUUUUGUUACAGAGGCUUGAUGCACAGAGAAAGACGCAAGUUCCUGAGAUCUGCCCUGAAGGAGCUGGCCACAGUCCUAUCUGACCAGCCAGGAUUACUGGGGCCUAAAGUACUGCAUCACUGCUCUUUCAUCACGGCUCCAUUUUGACACUUUUAUUUAGACAGUAUAGAAAUCAGAAGGGGAUACAGGCAGGUGGGAGAAACAGUGGGAAGGGUAGACACAGGGAUUGAACCCCAGUCUCAGGUGGGGAGAUUUGUAUAUGUGACUUCUGCUGGGUGUGUUGCCACUCAACCACAGCUCUGCACCUGCACUACUGCUCUCUAGUUGGACUAACACUAUAGGCACUCUAGUUGUGUUAACAUGAUAAUGCAAGUUGGACUAACACUAUAGGCGCUCUAGGUGUGUUAACAUGAUAAUGCUAGUUGGACUAACACUAUAGCCACUCUAGGUGUGUUAACAUGAUAAUGCUAGUUGGACUACAGUGGAGGCUGCUGAGGGUAGGACGGCUGAUAAUAAUGUCUGGAACGGAGAAAAUGGAAUGGCAUCAAACACAUGGAAACCAUGUGUUUGAUGUAUUUAAUACCAUUCCACAAAUUCCGCUCCAGUCAUUACCACGAGCCCAUUCUCCCCAAUUAAGUUGCCACCAACAACCUCUGUUGGACUAACACUAUAGGCACUAGUUGUGUUAACAUGAUAAUGUGAGUUGGACUAACUCUAAAGGGGUCAGAGGAUUAGGAUUCAAAUCCUGAAUGACCUGUGUAGAUGAUCCAGUAGUCCUUACACUCUCUAAGUGGGCUGUCGUGUCUAAUUGAUGGAUGAUAGUAACUAUAAAACCUGACUCCUGUCCUCUGCCUAGGCCCUGUUUGUAUUCAUGGCUCUGUCGUUCGCUCGGGAUGAGAUCAUUUGGCUGCUACGACAUGCAGACAACAUCCAGAAGAAGAGCACAGACGACUUUAUUGACAAGUAAGACACAUCCUACUGACUCAACUUGUAGCUAUGGGGUUUCCCUUCACCCCUCAGGAAAUGUAGUGGCCCUGUGUUUACUUCCUGGAAAAGUCUGUGUCAAAAUGCGUCUUCUUGACACAUUUUGCAUCUUGCUUGACUGCCGUCAUGAGACUAAAAGUGAUAUGUCUCAAUGGUUUUUGAAUAAAAUGACCCUUUAAGGAAAGCCGUGGUAUGAAGGAGUAUUGAGCAUACUAAUGAAGUUUAGGUCUUUACAUUUUACAUUUUAGUCAUUUAGCAGACGCUCUUAUCCAGAGCGACUUACAGUUAGUGAGUGCAUACAUUUUCAUACAGGUCUUCUAUUCUCUUAUACUGAAUAAAAAUAUAAACGCAACUUGCAACAAUUUCAACGAUUUUACUGAGUUUCUGUUCAUAUAAGGAAAUCAGUCAAUUGAAAUAAAUUAAUUAGGCCCUAAUCUAUGGAUUUCUCAUGACUGGGCAGGGGCGCAGCCAUGGGUGGGCCUGGGAGGGCAUAGGCCCCCACCCACUGCGGAGCCAGGCCCAGCCAAUCAGAAUGAGUUUAUUAAGGGCAUUAUUACAGACAGAAAUACUCUUCAGUUUCAUCAGCUGUCCAAGUGGCUGGUUUCAGACAAUCCUGCAGGUGCUAGAAGCUGUAUGUGGAGGGGCUGGCGUGGUUAGACGGUUGUGAGGCCGGUUGGAAGUACUGCCAAAUUCUCUAAAAUGACGUUGGAGAAAUGAACAUUCAAUUCUCUGGCAAUAGCUCUGGUGGACAUUUGUGCAGUCAACAUGCCAAUUGCACGCUCCCUCAACUUGAGACAUCUGUGGCAUUGUGUUCUGUGACAAAACUGCAAAUGUUAGUGGCCUUUUAUAGUCCCCAGCACAAGGUGCACCUGUGUAAUGAUCAUGCUGUUUAAUCAGCUUCUUGAUAUGGCACAUCUGUCAGGUGGAUGGAUUAUUUUGGCAAAGGAGAAAUUCUCACUAACAGGGAUGUAAACAAAUAUGUGCACAAAAUUUGAGAGAAUAAGAUUUUUGUGCGUAUGGAAAGUUUAUGGGAUCUUUUAUUUCAGCUCAUGAAACAUGGGACCAACACUUUACAUGUUGCGUUUAUAUUUUUGUUCAGUAUAGAUCAUUCUUGCUAUUCUAUGUCUUCAGGCACAUUGCAGAGCUGAUCUUCUACAUGGAGGAGCUGAGGGCCCAUGUGAGGAAGUAUGGUCCUGUCAUGCAGAGGUACUACGUCCAGUACCUGUCUGGCUUCGAUGCCGUGGUGCUCAACGAGCUAGUACAGGUGAGACUGCUCACUGGAGCUCACAUGGGCUGCCUCCCAAAUGGUACCGUAUUCCCUAUACAGUGCAUACGGGAAGUAUUCAGACCCCUUGACUUUUUCCACAUUUUGUUACUAAAAUUGAUUAAACAAUUUUUUUCCCUCAUCAAUCUACACACAAUAACCCAUAAUGACAAAGCAAAAACAGGUUUAUAAUUUAUAUUUUAAAAAUAUAUACAGUUGAAGUCUGAAGUUUACAUACACUUAGGUUGGCGUCAUUAAAACUCGUUUUUCAAUCACUCCACACAUUUCUUGUUAACAAACUAUAGUUUUGGCAAGUUGGUUAGGACAUCUACUUUGUGAAUGACACAAGUAAUUUUUCCAACAAUUGUUUACAGACAGAUUAUUUCACUUAUAAUUCACUGUAUCACAAUUCCAGUGGGUCAGAAGUUUAUAUACACUGUGCUUUUAAACAGCUUGGAAAAUUCCAGGAAAUGAUGUCAUGGCUUUAGAAGCUUCUGAUAGGAUAAUUGACAUCAUUUGAGUCAAUUGGAGGUGUACCUGUGGAUGUAUUUCAAGGCCUACCUUCAAACUCAGUGCCUCUUUGCUUGACAUCAUGGGAAAAUCAAAAGAAAUCAACCAAGAACUUAGAAAUAAAAUGGUAGACCUCCACAAGUCUGGUUCAAUUUCCAAACGCCUGAAGGUACCACGUUCAUCUGUACAAACAAUAGUACGCAAGUAUAAACACCAUGUGACCACGCAACCGUCAUACCGCUCAGGAAGGAGACGCGUUCUGUCUCCUAGAGAUGCACGUACUUUGGUACGAAAAGUGCAUAUCAAUCCAAGAACAACAGCAAAGGACCUUGUGAAGAUGCUGGAGGAAACGGGUACAAAAGUAUCUAUAUCCACAGUAAAACGAGUCCUAUAUCGACAUAACCUGAAAGGCCGCUCAGCAAGAGAGAAGCCACUGCUCCAAAGCCGCCAUAAAAAAGACAGACUACGGUUUGCAACUGCACAUGGGGACAAAGAUCGUACUUUUUGGAGAAAUGUCCUCUGGUCUGAUGAAACAAAGAUAGAACUGUUUGGCCAUAAUGACCAUCGUUAUGUUUGGAGGAAAAAGGUGGCGCUUGCAAGCCGAAGAACACCAUCCCAACCGUGAAGCACGGGGGUGGCAGCAUCAUGCUGUGGGGGUGCUUUGCUGCAGGAGGGACUGGUGCACUUCACAAAAUAGAUGGCAUCAUGAGGAAGGAAAAUGAUGUGGAUAUAUUGAAGCAACAUCUCAAGUCAGGAAGUUAAAACUUGGUCGCAAAUGGGUCUUCCAAAUGGACAAUGACCCCAAGCAUACUUCCAAAGUUGUGGCAAAAUGGCUUAAGGACAACAGUCAAGGUAUUGGAGUGGCCAUCACAAAGCCCUGACCUCAAUCCUAUAGAACAUUUGAGAGCAGAACUGAAAAAGCGUGUGCGAGCAAGGAGGCCUACAAACCUGACUCAGUUACACCAGCUCUGUCAGGAGGGAUGGGCCAAAAUUCACCCAACUUAUUGUGGGAAGCGUGUGGUAGGCUACCCGAAAAGUUUGAGCCAAGUUAAACAAUUUAAAGGCAAUGCUACCAAAUACUAAUUGAGUGUAUGUAAACGUCUGACCCACUGGGAAUGUGAUGAAAGAAAUAAAAGCUGAAAUAAAUAAUUCUCUCUACUAUUAUUCUGACAUUUCACAUUCUUAAAAUAAAGUGGUGAUCCUAACUGAAUUUUUACUGGAUUAAAUGUCAGGAAUUGUGAAAAACGGAUUUAAAAUGUAUUUGGCUAAGGUGAAUGUAAACUUUCGAGUUCAACUGUACACUAUCAUUCAAAAGUUUGGACACACCUACUCAUUCAAGGGUUUUUCUAUAUUUUUACUAUUUUUUACAUUGUAGAAUAAUAGUGAAGACAUCAAUAUAUACAGAAGAUAGCCCUAUUUGGUAAAAGACCAAGUACAUAUUAUGGCAAGAACAGCUCAAAUAAGCAAAGAGAAACGACAGUCCGUCAUUACUUUAAGACAUGAAGGACAAUCAAUAUGGAAGAUUUCAAGAACUUUGAAAGUCUUUUCAUGUGUAGUUGCAAAAACCAUGAAGCACUAUGAUGAAACUGGCUCUCAUGAGGAAGCCACAGGAAUGGAAGACCCAAAGUUACCUCUGUUGCAGAGGAUAAGUUCAUUUGAGUUACCAGCCUCAGAAAUUGCAGCCCAAAUAAAUACUUAAAAGAGUUCAAGUUACAGACACAUCUCAACAUCAACUGUUCAGAGGAGACUGUGUGAAUCAGGCCUUCAUGGUCGAAGUUCUGCAAAGAAACCACUACUAACGGACACCAAUAAGAAGAAGAGACCUGCUUGGGCCAAGAAACACGACCGGUGGAAAUUUGUCCUUUGGUCUGGAGUCCAAAUUGGAGAUUUUUGGUUCCAACCGCCGUGUCUUUGUGAGACGCGGUGUGGGUGUACCGAUGAUCUCCACAUGUGUAGUUCCCACAGUAAAGCAUUGAGGAGGAAGUGUUAUGGUGUGGGGGUGCUUUGCUGGUGACACUGUCUGUGAUUUUAUUUAGAAUUCAAGGCACACUUAACCAGCAUGGCUACCACAGCAUUCUGCAGCGAUACGCCAUCCCAUCUGGUUUGGGCUUAGUGGGACUAUAAUUUCUUUUUCAACAGGAUAAUGACCCAACACACCUCCAGACUGUGUAAUGGCUAUUUUACCAAGAAGGAGAGUGAUGGAGUACUGCAUCAGAUGACCUGGCCUCCACAAUCCCCCGACCUCAACCCAAUUGAGAUGGUUUGGGAUGAGUCGGACGGCAGAGUGAAGGAAAAGCAGCCAACAAGUGCUCAAUAAAUGUGGGAACUCCUUCAAGACUGUUGGAAAAGCAUUCCAGGUGAAGCUGGUUGAGAGAAUGCCAAGAGUGUGCAAAGCUGUCAUCAAGGCAAAGGGUGGCUAUUUUGAAGAAUCUCAAAUAUAAAAUAUAUUUUGAUUUGUUUAACACUUUUGUGGUUACUACAUGAUUCCAUGUGUGUUAUUUCAUAGUUUUGAUAUCUUCACUAUUAUUCUACAAUGUAGAAAAUAGUAAAAAUGAAGAAAAACCCUUGAAUGAGUAGGUGUGUCCAAACUUUUGACUGGUACUCUAUAUAUGUCACAUUUAAAUAUGUAUCCAGACCCUUUACUCUGUACUUUGUUGAAGCACCUUUGGCAGCGAUUACAGCCUUAAGUCUUCUUGGGUAUGACGCUACAAGCUUGGCACACCUUUAUUUGGGGAGUUUCUCCCAUUCUUCUCUGCAGAUCCUCUCAAGCUCUGACAGGUUGGAUGGGGAGCGUCGCUGCACAGCUAUUUUCAGGUCUUUCCAGAGUUGCUCGAUCGGGUUCAAGUCCGGGCUCUAGCUGGGCCACUCAAGGACAUUCAGAGACUUGUUCCGAAGCCAAUCCUGCAUUGUCUUAGCUGUGUGCUUAGGGUCGUUGUCCUGCUGGAAGGUGAACCUUCGCCCCAGUCUGAAGUCCUGAGCGCUCUGGAGCAGGUUUUCAUCAAGGAUCUUUCUGUACUUUGCUCCGUUCAUCUUUCCCUUGACCCUGACUAGUCUCCCAGUCCCUGCAGCUGAAAAACAUCACCAGAGCAUGAUGCUGCUACCCCCAUGCGUCACCGUAGGGAUGGUGCCAGGUUUUCUUCAGACGUGACGCUUGGCAUUCAGGCCGACAAGUUCAAUCUUGGUUUCAUCAGACCAGAGAAUCUUGUUACUCAUGGUCUGAGAGUCCUUUAGGUGCCUUUUGGCAAACUCCAAGCGGGCUGUCAUGUGCCUGUUACUGAGGAGUGGCUUCCGUCUGGCCACUCUACCGUCAAGGUCUGAUUGGUGGAGUGCUGCAUAGAUGGUUGUCCUUCUGGAAGGUUCUCCUAUCUCCACAGAGGAACUCUGGCGCUCUGUCAGAGUGACCAUCCGGUUCUUGGUCACCUCCCUGGCCAUGGCCCUUCUCCCCCGAUUUUUCAGUUUGGCGGCCAGGUCUUGGUAGUUCCAAACUUCUUUCAUUUAAGAAUGAUGGAGGCCACUGUGUUCUUGGGGACCUUCAAUGCUGCAAACAUUUUUGGUACCCUUCUCCAGAUCUGUGCCUCGACACAAUCCUGUCUCGGAGCUCUACGGACAAUUCCUUCGGUCUCAUGGAUCGGUUUUUGCUCUGACAUGCACUGUCAGCUGUGGGAUCUUAUAUAGACAGGUGUGUGCCUUUCCAAAUCAUGUCCAAUCAAUUUCAUUUACCACAGGUGGACUCCAAUCAAGUUGUAGAAACAGGAUGCACCUGAGCUCAAUUUCGAGUCUCAUAGCAAAGGGUCUGAAUACGUAUGUAAAUAAGGUAUUUCUGUUGUUUUUAUAUUUAAUACAUUUGCAAAAAUUUCAAAUGACCUGUUUUUGCUUCGUCAUUAUGUGGUGUUGUGUGUAGAUUGAGGAUUUGUAUUCAUUUAAUCCAUUUUAGAAUAAGGCUGUAACGUAACAAAGUGUGGGAGAAAGGGAAGGGGUCUGAAUACCUUCUGAAUGCACAGUAUAUAUUGCGCUACAUUUGACCAUGGUCCAGGUCAAAAGUAGUUUACUAUGAAGGGAUUAGGGUGCCAUUUCAGAGGAACUCAUUGUCAAUGUUCUCCCUUUUGGUUUCAUAAUAUCUUAGUAUUUAUGAUCUAGUGUAUGACUGAUGAUGCGGUGUACAGUAAGUACUCUGUUAUAUGCAGGUUGAUUAUUUUGAAGGAAAACAGAGCUGACCACUAGAUGGAGACCAAGUAUUUUCUUGAUUUUAUUUUUUGCUUGGCCAUGUCUCGCUCUCUGAUAUGCAGUGUAAAUUCCUCUUGUAUUUGCUCAGUUGAUCCCCUCACAGUAGCCUACUUGAAACAGUGUCUAACUGAGGCCCUCUCCUCUAGAAUCUGUCCGUCUGUCCUGAGGAUGAGUCCAUUAUCAUGUCCUCCUUCGUCAACACCAUGACCUCCCUCGGCGUCAAACAAGGUAUUCAACCUAACACGGCCUGCCACUCAUAUUACAGAAAUCUAAAAAAUAAACAGUUCCUCAUUUAGACUGUUGUUGUUAACACAGUUCAAUCCAUCCUGUUGCUGUAAAGUAAAUAUUCCAGUUUAGGAAAUGUCUACUUGAUCAUGCUUAGUUGUUUUUAUCUAGCCAUAUUAGCCUUGAGCACUAAAAGCCAUUGUCUGUUGUUUUGGUAAUGGCUGAGUGAUGAACACAUGAAAGGAGGGAGGGCAGAUGGCGAGCAGAGUAGAAGCCUGAGCGGCUCUCCACCUCUCCCCCCUGCUGCCCUCCCUCCUUCCUGUGUCAUGGUGAUCCCAUAUCUGAGUGAAUUGUCUCUGUCGGUGUUACAGUGGAAGACGGGGACGUGUUUGAUUUCAGGGGCAUGAGGCUGGACUGGUUCAGAUUGCAGGUAAGAAGCAAUUCGGAAAAUGAGACCAGCUUUGCGGCUGUGGCUGGGAGGCAGACGUGGGUUCAAAUAGUAUUUGAAAUCCUUUCACAAUACUUUAUCUCUGCUCAAUUGAGCUUGCCUGGUGCAAUGGAACAAAAAUAAUAGUCUCAAAAGUGUCAAACCCAGCCCAUCUGGCACUCCAGUCAGGCUAGAGCAAAGGCUUAAAGUAUUUUGAACGUUUUUGAGUAUUAUUUUAACCCAGUUCUGGGCUGAGAGGCCACUGUGCUCUGUGUGUGUGUGUGUUGUAAUUAGCACUCAUAAUUAGCCAGUAAUGAGAGAGCAGUGUUUAGCAUGCUACACUGCUCCAGUUAGCCUACUCCUGUCACACUGUUUCCUAUCUAUAGGCCACUGUGUGUGUGUGUGUGUGUGUGUGUGUGUGUGUGUGUGUGUGUGUGUGUGUGUGUGUGUGUGUGUGUGUGUGUGUGUGUGUGUGUGUGUGUGUGUGUGUGUGUGUGAGAUGUGGGGGUAGGGGAACCGAUAUAUAACUGCUAUAGGAUCAGUUUUGUCUUUUUGAUUGUAAUGAAUUAGAGGGGGACCUGAUCCUAGAUCCGCACUCCUACUCUAAGACGCUUUGUGAAUACAGGCCCAGAGCUCUGUUCUGUGUGAGAAGCCCCACCGCACAUUAAUUAAUUUAACAGUAAUAGAGAAAAUCUGGCCUGAAAUACUGUGAGGAAGAGGAGUACGCUCUGUCUGUCAUUAGUGACAAAUGUCUAUACAUAAUAAAGACAUCAGUUUAAUUUUUUUAUUCAUGUUCAUGAUGGACAUGUUAUUGAAAAGUGAUGAAAAAUAAAUGUCCAUGCUCUCAGGGAAAAUGACUUCUGGAUAUUGGAGGAUAGAUUCUGGGCCCCAUUCCCUGACCAUUUCUUAAAAAUGAAUUUAGGAAUGAAUGACAAUAAAUAAUCUUCUUUGAAGCAGUAUUUUUUUAAAUCGUUGCAUGCCUUUUAUCCUGUCCCAAAUAAAUCACAACUCACCCCAGAAAAGAGAAAUGGCAUAUUAUUUUCAAGUGUGGUUGAGUUGAGCUCUCUCGCUCUCUUUCGCUCUCUCAAUCACGCUUGACUCCUCAGUACUCUGCUGAGAUCAUCACAACCACCCCUGCUGCCAGGGACCCACAUCACUCUCCCUGACCCGUUGGUCGGCUCGCCGUUUUGCUGCCUUCCGAUUCGCCCAGCCCUCAACUCAGAUGGAUUUUUAGGAUGCGUCCCAAAUGGCGCCCUAUUCACAUUACUUUUGACCAGGGCCCUUUUGAGUUAGGUCUUUAGGCCCUGGUCAAAAGUAGUGCACUACAUAGGGAAUUGGGUGCCAUUUGUGACGCACCGUCCCACUCAACUCCCUCUGAGAUGUUGUUUGAUCUUAGCUCAGGGUCUCGGCAAGAAAUGCUUCAACUUGGAAAAGUUUCUCCGUUUAGUCGGCAGGCAAGGGGAAAAGAGAAAAGCUUCCAUGCGUGGACUGUGGACUGUUUUCCCAACACAGCUGAACAACUAUUUUCUCAAGUCUCAUGGUUUUUCAACUGGCUGCUCUACACCCUUCAUAGCCGGCCUCUUAACACUAUGAUAGCAAAAACAGAACUGCUCAGAUUACAAGAAGCAGGAUGUUGGUUUAUUCACUGUGUUUUUGUGUUCAGUAUGUACAAGAACAGCUGACAAAUAUAUGAACAGCUAUACUGUAUAUACGGUAUAUGCCUGUAUCUACAUAUUCAGGUGCCACUGUGAUCCCUAAAAAUAGAUGGUUGUAAAUAAGAAUAUGUCAGCGAAUAAUCCGAAUUCAUCAAGAUGGUCCUGAAAGCUUCAUGUUUGGCUCAGAACCUAAACCUGUCUGUUCCACAAGCAUCAAGAACACUGCUUCUAAAGGUUCUACCACAUGUGCUCUCUUCUCCUCCGAGCUGCAUGUCAACCACAUAACCCACAAGCCAUGUGAGCAGUUACAGAACUAUGGCAGACACAGACCUUGUCAUAAGCCAUAUCAAUGUUCUUUCUAUCUAUCAAGUACUUUUCUUUAUUUUCUUUAAAUCUCUCAUCGUUUUACUUUGGAAACUAUUGUUGUUUGUCUGAUCCAUUAAGUGAACGUGUUGGAUGAGAAACACAAGCUGCCAUUACCACAGAAAGGUCAUGUUAGUGAUUGUAAUCUAAACUGAGUCUUGCAUCAUGUCAUGAUAUAUCUCCAACUAGCAGAUGUUGAGCCACAGUUGGACUGGAUUGAGGGAAGAGAAACCCUAACCCUCUCUCUUUCUCUCCCUCUCUUUCUCUCUUGUCAUGUCUCUUUUCUCCACGGUGCUGUUUUCCAAUUCUUUUCUGACAAUGGCACCGUGAUCAUCAUGCAACAGCACUUUAACGUUUCGAAAUAGGCCUUGAAUUUCAAUCAUCUUUAAGUUUUGCCCUUGCCUAAUUUUUCUAUAUGUUGUCCUUGCUCAGAUGUUUGAACCAUAGGUGGUUGUGUGAGUUUAGCACCUUCUAAAUGUCUUUAUGUGGCUGUGGUACCAGGUUGGCAUCGAAUGCUCUUUUAGUUGGCAGGCAUUUAGAGAUGUUGAAAAUCAGCGGAACAUGUUCGAGUUAACACUCUCGCUGCAUUUUCUCACACUUGUGUAGCUCACGAUCACUUCUUUCCUUGAAGGAUUUCACGCUUUAUUUUUGGACUCUCAGAUUGAUUCUCUAAGGCCUAGUUGUACCCUGGUAACGCAGAUGUUUCACUGCUCUUGUUGUGUGUCCCAAAUUACACCCUAUUCCCUACAUAUUGCGCCAUAGGGCUCUGGUCAAAUGUAGUGCACUAUGUGAAUAGGGUGCCAUUUGGGACGCAGUUUCAGAACUGUAGCCGUUUUCCUUCUGAAGAUCUCGACGAUCAAAGAAAGCAAUGUCUUGAACUCUUCAGAGACACCAGAGAGAAUCUGUUUUGCAUACAGUCUUGGUUUGAUACCAUAUGCUUUGGGAGGAAAUUGUGUUGUUUGCCCAUUGUCAGUAUCAGCAGUAUCAAGUUAACACGGACGUCUUCCCAGAAAUCCUUCCUUGGAUGUUUAUUUGUUAUUUUUGUAUUUAACCUUUAUUUAACUAGGCAAGUCAGUUAAUUAAGAACAAAUUCUUAUUUACAAUGACGGGCCUACCAAAAGGCAAAAGGCCUUGUGCGGGGACGGGGGCUGGGAUAAAAAAAUAUAGGACAAAACACACAUCACGACAAAAGAGACACCACAACACUACAUAAAGAGAGACCUAAGACAACAGCAUAGCAUGGCAGAAACACAUGACAACACAGCAUGGUAGCAACACGACAUGACAACAACAUGGUAGCAACAGAAUGAUAUGGUAACUCAUCCAACCACACUUUUCCUUCCAGACUCCCACUGACUUCCAAAUUCAAAUCGGAUCAGCCUUUUCUUUCAUUCUUAGGAAAGAGGGAGUUUUUGGGAAUGUGGCAAAGGAACGCUACUAAUAGGAAAACUAUUAUUUGAAAGACUUCAAACUGCAUGAUACCAAAAAUGUGUUGAUUUUGAUAUAUUUGACAAAUAAAAUAGAUAUAAAGCCGCUACAGCUGUAGACAACAUUACAUACAUGAGUAAAGAAUUGUGAACUGUUAAUACGUUUUGUUUUCCCCUGGUUAGGCCUAUACCAAUAAUGCCUUGUUUAUCUCUUGGUUAGGCCUAUACCAGCGUGUCCAAGGCUUCUCUGGGCAUCGCAGACCACCGUGAACUGGGCAAGAUGAUGAAUACCAUUAUAUUCCACACCAAGAUGGUGGAUUCCCUGGUGGAGAUGCUGGUGGAGACAUCUGACCUCUCCAUAUUCUGGUAAGUAAACCUUGUCUGAGCUAGAACAGCCCAAAGGGCAGGAGCAUAUCUCCUGUUUCCGUAGCGUGAGGCAACUUGAUGUACAAGUACACUCCCUGGACAAGAUGCUAGUUUGUAGCAGGGCCUAUUCUGGUAAGGGUCUACAUUUCCAUUUACCUCCAUGUUCAGUUACACAGCCGUUUAAAACAGUAAAAGGUAUUAGGUUAUAUAGACUCUCCAUCUUCUGGAUUCAGAUUCCUAUUUAGAAAAACUUUUUUUAUUUAACCUUUUAUUUAACCAGGAAAAACCCAUUGAGACCCAGAGUCUCUUUUUCAAGGGAGACCUGGCCCAGAAGGCAGCAACAAUCAAUGCAUUACAGAAUUAAAACAUACAACAAUACAAUACAAUUCAACAACAUGAUCCAGCCUAAAAUAAGCAUUUACACUCCUCUGUAACAGAGUCUUCAAUCAAAAAAAAUGUAUUCAUUCAGUGGCACUAACAUAUAUCUAGAUGAAGCAUGGAUUGUAGACUAUUCCAUGCCUCUGGUGCACUAGACAAGAAGGCAGUCUUGCCUAAUACUGUAAAUGUCCUGGGGACUUUAAGUAGCAACCACCUAGCAGACCGGGUAUGGUAACUGCUGGUGGUGAAGGAGACCAGACUACAGUAGCAACCACCUAGCAGACCGGGUAUGGUAACUGCUGGUGGUGAAGGAGACCAGACUACAGUAGCAACCACCUAGCAGACCGGGUAUGGUAACCGCUGGUGGUGAAGGAGACCAGACUACAGUAGCAACCACCUAGCAGACCGGGUAUGGUAACUGCUGGUGGUGAAGGAGACCAGACUACAGUAGCAACCACCUAGCAGACCGGGUAUGGUAACCGCUGGUGGUGAAGGAGACCAGACUACAGUAGCAACCACCUAGCAGACCGGGUAUGGUAACUGCUGGUGGUGAAGGAGACCAGACUACAGUAGCAACCACCUAGCAGACCGGGUAUGGUAACUGCUGGUGGUGAAGGAGACCAGACUACAGUAGCAACCACCUAGCAGACCGGGUAUGGUAACCGCUGGUGGUGAAGGAGACCAGACUACAGUAGCAACCACCUAGCAGACCGGGUAUGGUAACUGCUGGUGGUGAAGGAGACCAGACUACAGUAGCAACCACCUAGCAGACCGGGUAUGGUAACCGCUGGUGGUGAAGGAGACCAGACUACAGUAGCAACCACCUAGCAGACCGGGUAUGGUAACCGCUGGUGGUGAAGGAGACCAGACUACAGUAGCAACCACCUAGCAGACCGGGUAUGGUAACUGCUGGUGGUGAAGGAGACCAGACUACAGUAGCAACCACCUAGCAAACCGGGUAUGGUAACCGCUGGUGGUGAAGGAGACCAGACUACAGUAGCAACCACCUAGCAGACCGGGUAUGGUAACCGCUGGUGGUGAAGGAGACCAGACUACAGUAGCAACCACCUAGCAGACCGGGUAUGGUAACUGCUGGUGGUGAAGGAGACCAGACUACAGUAGCAACCACCUAGCAGACCGGGUAUGGUAACUGCUGGUGGUGAAGGAGACCAGACUACAGAGGUAAAGAGGGAGUUUACCCAAAAGGGCUUUGUAGAUGAACACAUACAAAUGUAGCUUUCUGUGCAUAUAAAGUGAGGUCCAACCCACCAUUUGGGACAAGGUGCCAAUGGUGGGUGAGUGACUUGGCAUUUGUAAUAAAAGCGCAAGAAUACAUGAUUAACAGAGUCCAGUCUCUGUAAGACAGAGGAGGCUGCAUGCAUAUACAACAGGUCACCAUAAUCAAUUACAGAGAGAAAAGUGGCCUGAACAAGCUUCUUUCUAGCCAUAAGUGGGAAGCAAGCUUUAUUACGAAAAAUAAAACCCCAAUUUCAAUAUAAGUUUCCUCACAAGAUUAUCCAUAUGAACUUUAAAGGACAACUUGUCAUCCAACUAUAUACCUAGGUAUUUGUAGGAUGACACUUUUUCAAUGGAUAAGCCACCAGAUGUGACAAUGCUAACCUUCUCUGGCUGAGUGUGAGCUCUGGUAAAGGUCAUAAAUAUAGUUUUUUGUACAUUCAAGACCGGUUUGAGACCAUAAAGGGAGGCCUGCAGUGAAUUAAAAGCAAUCUGGAGCUCUUCAACAGCCUGAACCAGAGAAGGAGAACAUUAAUAUAUGACUAUCAACUGCAUAUAGAUACAACUUUGCUGGUUGCACCCCAUUUCCCAAAUCAUUAAUAAAAAUUGAGAACAACACAGGAGCGAAAAUGGAACCCUGGGGCACACCUCUAUUAAUCUCAAGAAAGCUAGACUUGUAUUUGUCAGCAUAUACACAUUGUGUUCUGUCAGAAAGAUAGUUCCUAAACCAAUUCACUGCCCCUUCACUGAGACCAAUGUUACUGAGUCUAGCUAGCAACAAUUCAUGGUCAACUGAAUCAAAUGUCUUUGAUAAAUCAGCAAACAGAGCAGCACAAUGUUGCUUUAUUAUCAAGUGCAUUUAUGAUGUCAUUUGCCACUGCCAUAGCUGCAGUUGUGGUGCUGUGCCCCGAUCUAAAGCCAGACUGAACCCCGCUCAGUAUGUUAUUUUCAAUUAAGACUUUUUAAAACUUUGAGUUCACUAGGGAUUCAUAGACUUUGGCCAGGAUAGGGAGUUUGGAGAUAGGACGAUCGUUAUUAGCUGAUUUCCAAAUGCUGGGAAUGGAAUUGGUCAAGAGACUCAAGUUGAAAAUGUGAGCCACAGGUUCAGUAAUAAUACCAGCUGCUAUCUUUAAGAGGUAGAGAUCCAGGUUGUCUGGACCUGAAUACUUUUUAGUGUCUACUGCCUUUAGUGCUUUAUAGACCUCAGCUUAGUUAAAAUGGUUCACAUGAGGGCCUAUAUCAUAGUUUACUGUAACAGAGCUUACAUUAGAGGCCUGGCCCCCACCAUUAUCAAAAACUGAACCAGCAGAUAUGAAGUGCUUGUUAAAAAACCCUACAAUAUUGGCUUUAUCCUUCACUUCAUUAGAAUCCAUCAUUAAAUGGUCAGGAAGGCCAGAGGAUACAUUAGAACCUGACACUGAUUUGAUUAGCUUCCAGAGAGUCACACAGUUCUUUAAAAGAGUCAGAUGUAAGCAUGUCCCACUUCAAAUCUCCUAAAAUAAUGAAUUCAGAGUUAUUUAGAGCCAUUGCUGGGCAAUUUCAUUGAAAAAGUAAAAUACUAAUAAAAACACAUCAAAUGUACAUAAAAGUAAAAACAGCAACACCGGAAGACACAACAUCAAUACAAAUAGAUUGGAUCAAAGGUGCAGUGUUCAAGUGGGAGAUUUACCUCAGACUCCAUAUUCAGUUAAAACAUAGUAAAAGGUAAUAGGCUAUAUAGCCAUCACUCAUUCUCUAAAACCCCAUGGUAACUGUCUGUUAGGGGUUUUGUUAUGUUCUUUUUCUUUGUUCGGUAGAGACAGGACAGGAGAGGGUUGGACAGAUUUAGAUAUGAUUGUACCAGAUGGAUGUUUGACGAAGUUUGCAGCUCAUGCUUUCCUCUUUCUAUUCCUCUCCUCUCUUCCUCUCUCUCUCUCCCCUCUGAUAGCUUUUACAGUCGUGCAUUUGAGAAGAUGUUCCAGCAGUGUUUGGAGCUACCCUCCCAGUCUCGUCACUCCAUCUCCUUCCCUCUGCUCUGUACCCACUUCAUGAGCUGCACCCAUGAGCUCUGUCCUGAGGAG